AUGCCGCAACUAGCCUCGCCAGGUGGCCUGGUGGAGGCCAAGCUGCGGGUGCUGUGCCUGCAUGGUUAUGCUCAGACGGCAGACAUUUUCAGGACGAGGACUGGGAGCGGGCGCAAGUCCCUCAAGUCCCGCCUAGAGUUUGUGUACGUGGACGCACCCCACGACGCCAAGACCACGGGGAAGAGCUGGUUUGACUGGGAGGAGCUGCCAGCCGGGAACCAGCUGGGGUCCGACCAGGCCAGGCCCUCCAGCGCAGUGCGGUACAGCGGCUGGGGGGCCUCCCGCCGCACCCUGGACGAGGCCCUGGCGGCCCACGCCCCAGUGCACGGCAUCCUGGGCUUCUCCCAGGGCGCCACCGCCGCAGCCAUCUACUGCGCGGGGCUGCCGGAGGGGGCCCUCCGCUUCGCGGUGCUCGUCUCGGGAUUCCUGCCCCGCGACCCGGCGGUGGCGGCGUCCCUGGCGGGCCCGGGCCUGGCCCUGCCCAGCCUGCACCUGAUGGGUGAGGCGGACGAGAUCAUCCCCCUGGACCGCAGCGAGGCCCUGGCGCAGACCUUCUCCGGGCCACGGAUGGCCCACCGUCACCCGGGCCGCCACCUGGUGCCCACCUGCAGCGGGGCCGUGAAGGAGGCCUGGCUGGCCUUCCUGGACGGGCUCCCUGCCGCACCAGAGACUUCAGUGCUGAAUGGCCGGCCGUGA